AUGUCUUUGCAGAGCAAUGUCCUAAGAACCCCAGGGGAAGAGACUCUGAAAGCCAUUUUGUUUUUCCAGGUGGGCGUUGGGGCUCGGGCCACUGUCACCCUCUUCUUCCGUAACUUCUCUCCAGUCUCGCAUGGACGCAGGCAGAGGCCUUCCCACACGAUUCUCACCCACAUGGCUGUGGCCAGUCUCUUGGUUUUUCUCUCUACCGGGAUUCCCUACAAGUUGGUGGCUGUAGUUCUGCAGAAGCUCCUGUCCAGUCUCGCAUGUAAAUUUGUAUAUCAAACACACAGCGUGGCUCGCAGCCCCAUGACGGGCUCCACCUGCAUCCUGAACACCUUUCUGUUCUUCACACUCAUCCCCCGGAGGGUGGUGUGCACAACGCCCAGAGGACAAGCCCCCAAGGUCACUGGUUGUGGCUGUGGCAUCUGCUGGAUGUUCAGUGUCUUAAUGAACAGCUGUGUUCCCGUGAAAGUCAUGGGUGUGCACGAUGGGGAAACAGGGCCGACACUCAAGGGAAGGGGUCCGGCUCAUCCUCGAGCCAUCCUGUGGCUUGUCUCUGACGCCACGUAUAUCGGCCUCCUGGUCUGUCCCUGCACAGGCACCCAGAGAGUGCGGUGGAUUCAUGCCCCUGAUGGCACCCACAAAUGCCCGGACACCAGAGCCGCCUCUGCCGUCCUGUUGCCGGUGGCCACCUUUGUCAGCUUUUACGAGCUGAGUACAAUUUUUGUUUUUAAUGUCACUGCCUUUUUAGAUUUCCGUCUGUGGUUGAUACAGACCUCUAGUCUAGUAUUUGGCGGUUUCCCCACUUUUAGCCCCCUCUUGCUGAUCCUUUGCAGCCCUAGGGCUCCUGGCGCCCGCGGGGUCUCCAUCCCGGACCCCGGGCGAGCCGACACCCCCCCCCCCCCGGGAGAUUCCAUCCACUCGAGAGGCCGCAGGCGCUGCAGCUGCCCGGGGGCACGUGGCCAUCGCGCUCCCAGCGACUCCCUGUGCGCCUUCCGUGUCCCCUCGACGCCGGACCCCAGCCGCGAUUCCGAGCUGGCCCCCGGGGCUGGGGAGCGCGGCCGGCUCUCCCGCCGCACCCCUGGCGGUCCCCGCGGGAACGGCCAGCGGCUGCCCCGCCGCACCCACCCAUCCCCCGGGUCUCCGCGGGAACGGCCGCCGCUGACCCUCCGCACCCCUCCCCGUCUCCGCCGGAACCGCCCGCGGCUGACCCGCAGCACCUGCGGACGAUGA